AUGGUACUGACUACGACAGCCCUCUUGGGCGUGUCCCUAUGUGUCAGCACAGCCACUGCACUGUCGCUGGCGGAGAAAAAAGCGCGGAUUUUGGGUGGCUCGGCGAAUAUGCCUCAACCUGUUGUGCAGGCUACUGCUCCCACUGCCAUGGACCCUGUCAGCGAGGACAAGUUGGGCGAUGUGCGCUCGUUUUUGGCCGGUGAGUGCGGCGAACAGUGCACUAGCUUCUGGGACAACGUCAUGAAGGUCAAGAAAGAAAAAGGCCAAUCUCUACUCCAAGCUAUGGAGUCGCUCUCUGGCGAGGUUUAUUCCUUUGUGAAUGAGUUCAAUUCCGCAGUCAGAACUAACGAUUUCGAGCAGUUGGAGAAGGAUCUUGGCAUGCUCAAAGAGAAGUCGGAUCAAAGCUCGUUCCUAGGAUCGCGAUCUAAGGCUGAACUAGCUUUCCUCGAGCGUCCCUGUUUCGACAAGAAGUCCUGUUCGCUCGUGGAAACUCUGGGAAAUCGGUGCAACUUUGCCCGUGUCGCAACUCUGGCCGUGUACCAAGCCAUCAAUCUGCCGAUCCACGUCAUGCAAGUUGUCGGCAAACUCAUUUGCGGCUGUGUCGACGUCUUGACUGAGAGUAAGUGCUUUUUGUUCGCCUUUCCUCCGUGUCCGCCGUUGCACACCUUGUCCUCUCGGUUGGCGGAAGCGUCCACGCAGGUUUGGGAAGGUGUCAAAACGGUUACGUCGAAGUGCAAGGGCGUGGGCAGUCCUUUGGUCGCUAGUCCGCCGUAA